AUGAGUCGCAUAAGGAGUCUUCGUCAUCUUUAUAUUGAAGGUUGUUUGUUAAAUCACAUGCCUCCUAGCAUUGGGAAGCUAAGUUACUUAAGAAGUUUAAGCUUUUUUAUUGUGGAUAGAAGAAGAGGACGUGAUAUAGAUGAAUUGGGAAGCUUAUUAAACCUUGGAGGUAGCCUGAGAAUCGAACACCUUGAGAAAGUAAAGAGUCCAACGGAAGCUAAAAAAGCCAAUUUAGCUGGAAAAAUGAAUCUCAAAAGGCUAACUUUAGAAUGGGGCUUAAAUAUUGAUUCCACAGAGUCUUAUAAGGAGAAGACGGCUCAAGUGUUGGAAGCCCUUGAACCUCCCCCAGGUUUAGAAUUUUUGAGAAUUGAUAAUUUUAGAGGUAUGCGUUUCCCUCGUUGGUUUAGUAAUAAUGGUGCAAUAUUUCAAAAUUUGGACAGCAUUGAAUUCUUUGAUUGCAAAAACUGUUCGGAACUGCCUACAGGCAUGGGGAAACUUCCAUCUCUGACAUGUCUUGGAAUGUACAGAAUGGAUUGUCUGCGGUAUGUAGAUAAUGAAUCUGAAUCCUUUGGUACUGGAGAGCUAGAGGGAGCUGGUUACUUGCAAUUGCAAAAGCUGCGCAUUUCUUGUUUACCAAGCUUAGAAAGGUUGUCGAGAUCGAGAAUGGAAAGAAGGGACAUUUUUCCACGCCUGUCUUCUUUGAACAUUGAAGGAUGCCCCAAAUUGACCUCCUUACAUUGUCUUCAGUCAAUCCGGGAGUUAAGUAUAAAAGGAUGCAGCGAGACAGCGUUAGAAUCAGUUUCAAAUCUCCAUACUCUAACAUCACUUGAAAUAUGGAAUAAUGAUGAUUUGGCUUCCUUUCCCGAUGGGUUCCUACAUAAUCUCACCGCUCUCAAAUCACUUAAGAUUUCAGGAUUCACAAAGCUUCAAUAUUUGCAAUCUGACAUGUUUGUUGGCCGAACCGCUUUGGAAAUAUUAUCUAUCUCUUCUUGCUAUACGCUUGAGUGCUUUUCUACGGGAAUAUUUCAAGGCUUAAUUAGCCUUAAAGAGAUACGCAUUGAGAACUGUAGAAAGUUGAAAAGUUUGUCAGAUAGUUUUGGAGACCUUUCUGCCCUUGAAUCAAUGGAAAUGAGACUUUGUGAAGAGUUGGAGACUUUCCCAAAUGGUCUUAACAAUCUUUCUUCCCUCCAACAUCUGAUCCUGAAAGGUUCUUGGAUGGCAGAUUUGCCUGAGAACUUACAGCAUCUCCCUGCUCUCAAACAUAUGCUAAUUUCUGGGUUUCCAUAUCUUGAAAAGUUGCCCGACUGGCUUGGAGACUUGACAUCUCUUUCUUCAUUAUAUAUUAUGUUUUGUCCCAACUUGGAAUAUCUACCCACAAGAAAACUCAUAAUACAGCUCCUCGUGCCCACUGGCGUUCAUGAAUUCGCGUUUCAGAAGGCAGAAGAUGUGGUGCUUCCAUGGUGGGUGACGAAGUUGGUGAAGUGGUUUAGAAAUUUCAGGUUUGGUUUUGCAGUUCCUGAGCAGAAGCCUGAAAGUAUUGAGACUCUAAGUAUGGUUGAAGAUGUGGUUACUGCUAUGCUUGAGAAUCUCAACUCCUUGAUCCAAAAAGAGUUUGGAUUGCUUUUGGGUGUCAGCAGGGAGAUGGAGAAGCUCUCAAGCAUCCUCUCAGCAAUCUUUGUUGCGCUUGAAGAGGCAUAG